CCUCUUCCGCGAGCAAAUUUUCUUCUUGGCGGGGUCGUCGCAUGAGGCCGGGUCAUCGCUUUCGAACGCCCGAGUGGGAUAUUUCGCCUGCAGCUCAUCUCAGGCGAGCAAACGACUUCUCGAGCAUACCGGAACCAGUCUUCCACUGGCUGACCUCGCUCUUGCGGUGGCCACUGACUUCGUUCCUCCUGGAGGUGCCAAACGAUUUCGGAUCGGGCUGGUUCCCAGAUUGAACCGGGCGGUGCAACAGAGCAGAAAGGGGAUCGGCGAAAGUCUGCUCAAGUUCGAUUUCGUUUUGGGAGACAACAAUGAUGAUUGACAAAGUGAUUACGGCGAGUUGCAGCGAAGCAGACUCCAUUGAUGAGUUCUUUCCUUCUUCUGUUUCCGUGCGACUUUGAUGAAUUGCUUACAAACUGCUGUUGUUUGGCUGGAGCUUUUAGAUACUAAAAUUUCUUGAUGACAUGUGGUAAAAUUGGAUUACUUUGAUAAAUAUUAUUUUUAUUUCACAAAAUAACUUUCGAAUUAAAGCCUGGGAGAAUGAUCUUUUGCAUGGAAAAAUUCUUUACACAACACUGAUUGAAUAACUAUGUUUGCAAAAAACUAUUUUUUUCUUCAUUUGCAAUCGUCAAAAGUGUUGCUAUUAUGCUCACUCACCGUAAAUUUUUGAACCCAGAAAAUAGACCAGUUGAAUAAUUUCAACCGAGAGUAAAGUUACUUCUUUGCAAACUUUUGAGACCUAAGAAUUGAGUUGCUCACCAGAUAAAAGAAUCUAUUCCUUAUUUAUUAUAUAAGACAUAAUUUUAAGCGCUUAAUUCCAUUAGAUGAACAAUUAAAAAUUCUAUAAAUUCUAAAUUAAAAUUCUAUUUUACUUAGUUUUUGAACUACAUAUGUUGCGUAUUUAUUAGAUCCAAGCCUGAAUGAUUUAAAUCCUCGUUUUUGUGCUACAGAAGACUAAAAAAUUAAACUCAAUAAUAAAAAUCCUACUCGAGUAUUAUACUGUGAUCAGCUUGUGAAAGUGACAUCGUGCAGAGGGUCCGUGCCAACAGACAGUUGAUUGUUCCUGUAGGACAACAUGUGGUACAGUGCGACAAGUGGUCAUGUGCGAACGGAGGCGACGUCCGGCAGGACUAACAAGAAGUUGAAGAAGUUCAUUAUCGUCCUGGAUAACGAGACGCUGCUCUAUUUGCCGGGCUCCUUUUUAUCCGGGAGUGUUUUGGUCGAGUUGGAGAAUGAUACGCCGGUGCUCGGUCUUUUCUUUCACAUCUUGGGCGAGGGCGUCGUCCGUUUGUCGGAGCGGGGCGGUUCCGGAUACAAUGACAAGGAGAAUUAUAUCGACUUCAAAAUGAGGAUGCUGGGAGAAGGGCCGCCCACGGGAGGCGGUGGUCGCAUGAUGAUCCUUUCGCCGGGUGUGCACACUUUCCCCUUCAAGCUGGGCCUCCCACUGGGACUUCCUUCUACGUUCCUCGCCAAGCACGGAUGGGUCCAGUACUACUGCAAAGCGGAACUCAAGGAAGCCUGUGGACUGACACACAAGAAUCAACAAGUGUUCAUCGUCAUGAAUCCCAUCGACCUCAACCUGGAGCCCUCCCUGCUCAUGCAACCCUUCCAUUGCGAGAUCGAAGAAAAGGUGGGCAUUCCAUGCCUGACGUCUGGAACCAUCAUUUGCCGAAUCCGACUGGACAGGGGCGGGUACGUGCCCGGGGAGAAUGUCUGCAUCUUCGCCGCCAUAGAGAACAGCAGCAAGGUCACCAUCAAGAGGACGCGGGCCAUCCUCACCGAGACGAUUCAAUACACAGCCAAAAACAAACUUGUUCAGACGACGAGUCGGGAGCUGGCCUCUCUGCAAAAGGGUCGAAUCGCGUCCGGCUCUGGUGACCAGUGGCAAAACGCUCUCCUUCACAUUCCUCCUCUCCCACCGACCAACUUGAGGGGAUGCCAUUUAAUCCGUAUACAGUACGACGUUUACUUCGUAAUCGAGCCGAAGGGCUUGGAUCGGCCUAUCAAGCUGCAGCUGCCCAUCAUGAUUGCCACUUACCCAGCCAGGAACAAGGACGGAACUCUGAAGAGGAGAGGGAGACUGCCGGCCUAUCCCGCCCUUCUUCCCGUCUUCAGAAACUGAGGCCAAACUACGAACGAAGGAGACAUUCACUGUUCAAUACAGAUUCCAGUCAAUUCAGGAUAUGGUUCAAAAAGUAUUUUCCGCAUGCGUUGUGAUCGCGUUACACUUUUAAAGUGCGAAAAACAAAACAAUAAGAAAGAUAGUUACACGGAAGAAGAAACGUGAAGAAAUUUCAUUUAUUAUUAUUAUGAACGAUUUCAAUUUUUGCCACUCCAUUUAUCCUUUAUGAAAGUAAACUUUUCUUUUGCCUAUCAUUUGAAUUGAAUGAUUCCCGACAGCUGUCAUGUCUUCACUAUUUUUAACAUUGUUACAGUUUCCUAACUUACAGAUUCUGUGUCAUUCAAUGCAUGCGCGUCUGAUUAACGAAAAGGAUGAACACCAAAUCAAUACAAAACCCCUCAAUGAUUCUGGAAACAAACCACGAUGCCAUCUUUGUUCCGGCUCGUGCCUUCUUAUCCAAACAAGAUACAAUCUCGUGAGAACUAUUAUUAAGAGAUCUGUGGCGGAAUACUUUAAUAUUUCAUUCUUUGUGUCAUUGUAGCACGCUCACAACGAAUUUUUAUAAAUGUAGCCACUUAAAUGUAUCGUUUGUAAGCGAACCGAAAUAAAGAUUUAAAAAUAGUUUUUCCUACAAGAUGUAAAUAAACAAACACUUUCCUAAAUCUUUAUUUCAAGCUUUCGAUUUAUUUCAAUUUGUGAAAAUUUACUGCAGUCAUAUCAUAAUUUUUAUGUUUUCCAUAAUAUCAUAAAUAAUAUAAUAACAUAAACACACCAUAUCAUAAAAUUGUAAGUACCAUUUUAUAUAUUUCCCCGAUAUUACAACAAUGUCAAGUUCAAUGUUAUGGCAAUAUUGUAUGAUAUUGGCGCGAUAUCUAAUGGCGCGAAAGACAAUAAACCUUUU